AUGAAGUCACGAAACAUCCUUCUCGGUCACCUACUUCUGCAAUCGGUGCAAGCCGCAAUGUUGGUGUCCAGUGAUUCGGGUACUUCAUCCAUCGUCUGGAGCCAGUGCGAUUUGGACCUUGGCAACGAAGUAAAGAGCGAGUCUCAAAAAGCUUACGACUGCGCCAAAUUUUCGGUGCCUCUCGAUUACAGCAAUGAAGACAGCUCCGAACCUCUUGUACUCGACUUGAUAAAGGCGAAUGCAACUAGACAGCCAUCCAAAGGCAGUGUCUUCUACAAUCCUGGUGGUCCAGGUGCUUCCGGUGUGUCUUCGGUCAUUGUCAUGGGUGAUAGGCUUGUAGAUAUCCUUGGUAGGCACUACGACAUCAUCAGUUUUGAUCCACGUGGAUCUGGCCAGACGUUGGUAUCUACAUGCGUUGGCUCCCUCGACCACCCUCCUUCUACCUUGUCGUCCUGGAAAAUAUUCGGCAGAGGUGCUAAUGCAGUGACCCAUGAUGACUGGGAACGGAUCAAGGGCGACGCUUGGCGUGACGCAGGUAAACUCGCCGAUGCUUGUUACGAAGACAAUGCAGACACUGGCCGCUUUUACGGCACACCGUUUGUCGCCAGGGAUAUCGUCAAGAUUGCUGACGCCCUAGGACAAGGCAAUCAGAUCAACUACUGGGGAACCUCAUACGGAACUGUUCUAGGACAAGUUCUGGCAGCUAUGUUUCCAAGUCGCAUCAACCGCAUGCUUCUCAAUAGCAACCUUUUCGCAGAUGAAUACUUCGCUGGUACCUGGAAGAGCGACACCAAAGAUGCUGAGAAAGCUAUCCUGCACUUUUUUGAUGAAUGUCUUGCAGCUGGACCCCGUGCCUGUUCUCUUGCGGCCAAUUAUUCUACAAAGGAGAGUCUCUUGGAGGCCUAUAACGAGUUACAGAGGUCAUAUCUUCUCGAUGGCACUCUCAGUACUACAGGGAGGUCGAGCUCGAAGGCGGACUGGUUUGAAUGGCUCGUAAUCAGUCAUCUAUACACUCCUGCCUUUUAUCCUCAGUUGGAUGAAAGGAUAAAGGGUGCCUUAGAAGGCAAUGAGACCGCUGCAUUCCUUCUCUUCGAUAGCGCUACAGAUUACAAGGUUGAAUCUGCUUUCCACAUGAUUACAUGUGGUGACGCGUCUUUCCGCGCUGACACUCCUGACGAUCUCUUCUCCAUCUAUCAGACAAUUCUGGACCAGGGCCCCUUUGGUGACACAAUUGCGCCGGCCAGGCUCCGAUGUGCUCGAUGGAAGUUCCAAGCAGCUGAACAGAUCGAUGCCAAUAGCCUUCGUCGGAUAAAAACGAAGCAUCCUGUUCUUAUCGUCAACGGUAUCUACGAUCCUAUUACUCCCUUAAUCUCGGCUUAG